CUAGUGAACACGACCUGCAGCCUGCCACAUCUGGAGACGCUUCCCUACACGACAAACUUCUACUUCUUUUCGCCUCUUGGCUCUGCGCGGAAACACAGUUGUCGGUCCGUCAGGGUGUCUCCAUAGUAAGUAGAGAUUCUUGAAGCCGAGUUGGCGUUUCCUCUCUCCCUCUUAAAGUAAACUGAGCCCGUUCGGGGGAGUUUUCAUACAUUCGGUAUAGCUGCGUGACCGCCGCGAUAGAUUUCGGGGAAAUAACCUAAAUGGCACUUUUACGCGUAAUGUUUUCAGAGAGCGACGUGCGUAAAGGGAGAACGCGUGGGGCAGUGUGCGGUGCGUAAAGGGAAUUGCAGCGUCGUAGUGCAAAGACUGAGUUUGUUCCCAAAUCUUUGAGAAGUAAAUAAUAGCAUCUCUGCUCUGUCACAAUAUUGUUGUAUACUGCCACAUGCUGAAAGUAAACCCUGUCAGCACGAGUCUGUGUAGAGGCUGACAUGAGUCACAGGGAAUCAAAUUGGGCAGAAUUCAACAGCAGACCGGUGAUGGAGUGACACAUCCCGGUGCUUAUUUCUGUCCCAAAACACUGAUCUAACAUUUUCUGGAAGGAGAGGACUGGAAUAAGCCAUAAGGGCGCACGGCUCCAUGCUGAAGUGUUUAAGUUAGUCUGAGGGGAAAUUUAAAAGACCUAAAAAUACAGCGUUGGUUUCUUCCCCUACAAAGACUCAUUUGAACUUCCCACCGCAGAGCGAGAGCGACAUAAAUAGUUCUGACAUGUGGAUGUAAUUUCAGAAGAGGAAAAAAAAAAGAAAAAAAAAAAAGAGACAGAUGCAGAGAAAUAAAGUGAGCGGCGCUGCGCCUGAGCCGAGCAUAUAGUAGAUUAUAGGAAAUUAAAGCGAGGGGCAGAGAGAGGCGAUUACAGAGUUAUGGUUUCACAAGCCGCCAUAAGCGUCGCGCGGCCAGACGGAGUGAAGAAACUCAACUGUCUCGACCUCCAGGAGAACCAGAGCAAUUAAAGUCGUUUCAUCUGAGCAUCACCAGCGUCCGUUCGAGUCCCCUGCGAGGUCGAGCCGCCUCAGGGUCAGGGAUGGGAUCCGCUGUGCUCCUCCGCAAUCUGGACUUUCUGCUCAUCUCACUUCUCAGCAGUUUAUGUCUGGUCUACACAGAUGAUGUGCUCACGAAAGAGGAGCAGAUAGGCCUGUUGUUCAGAGCCAAACGGAAGUGUGAAGGAAACAUCAAGUCAAAGCACAAGGUUCCUGAUGGUUUCUGCUCACCAGAAUGGGAUGGCAUCGUUUGUUGGCCUGAAGGGCCUCCAGGGAAGCUCGUAUCCACCGCCUGUCCGGAGUACAUCUACGACUUCAACCAUAAAGGUCUAGCAUAUCGUCGGUGUGACGACAACGGGACGUGGGAGUUGGCCACUAUCAACAAGACGUGGGCCAAUUAUAACGAAUGUGCAAAAUUCCUCUACCAUUACAACCACAGCCAUGAAAAGGAGGUCUUCCACCGUCUGUAUCUCAUCUACACAGUGGGCUACUCCAUUUCUCUGGGAUCACUCAUGGUGGCUGUUGUCAUCUUGGGAUAUUUCCGACGCUUACACUGCACCAGGAACUACAUCCAUAUGCACCUAUUCGUGUCCUACAUGCUGAGAGCCAUAAGUAUUUUCGUGAAAGACAUUGUACUCUACUCUGGAUCAGCCUUAGAGAACAUGGAAAGAGUCACAGUGGAAGACCUCAAGUCCAUCACCGAGGCUCCACCGGCCAACAAAACACAGUUCAUCGGCUGUAAGGUGGUGGUGACCUUGUUCAUGUACUUUCUUGCGACCAAUUACUACUGGAUCCUCGUUGAGGGCCUGUACCUCCAUAGCCUCAUUUUUAUGACCUUCUUCUCAGACAGAAAGUAUCUGUGGGGAUUUACUCUGAUUGGCUGGGGAGUACCAGCGAUGUUUGUGACAGUUUGGGCAACUGUGAGAGCCACGUUUGCGGACACAGAGUGUUGGGACUUAAGUGCAGGCAAUUUGAAAUGGAUUUACCAAGUGCCUAUCCUGGCAGCUGUCGUGGUUAAUUUCAUGCUAUUUCUGAACAUCAUCAGAGUGUUGGCGACUAAACUACGAGAGACGAACGCUGGACGGUGUGACACAAGACAACAGUACAGAAAAUUGUUGAAGUCCACGUUGGUGCUGAUGCCCCUGUUUGGUGUCCACUACAUCAUAUUCAACGCCAUGCCGUACACAGAGGUGUCCGGAGUCCCCUGGCUCAUCCAGAUGCACUACGAGAUGCUGUUUAACUCCUUCCAGGGAUUCCUCGUCGCAAUCAUAUAUUGCUUUUGCAACGGGGAGGUACAAGCUGAGAUCAAAAAGUCGUGGAGCAGGAGGACUCUGGCACUGGACUUCAAAAGAAAAGCUCGGAGUGGCAGUAACACAUACAGCUACGGACCUAUGGUGUCACACACCAGUGUUACCAACGUCACUGCCAGAGGACCGCUGGCGCUGCACCUCACGACGAGGCUGGGCCCGGUGCCCGUGAACGGGCACAGGAACCUGCCCGGGUACGUGAAGAACGGCUCAGUCUCAGAGAACUCCUUACCUUCGUCGGGACAGGAGCUCCACAUUCCCGAGGAGGAGCACUCAGCUCACACGAGGCCCUGCGAGAACGAGAAACCCUCGCCUGUGGUCGAGGAGGAGCGGGAAACAGUCAUGUGACCGCCAGGCCGCUGUACAAGAAAACUACAUGAACAAAUCAUCAACACGGCGGCAGGAUGGUCUGAAGGGGACGACUGCAUGCGUCAACACUGCCAGUUUAUCUUCCUCCUGUGAAUCAAGCCUGAACUGUACAGACCGAUGAGGCUCCAGGCGAAAAAAGGCGUAUCAGUCGUGUGAGCUUCAUUUUUGUGGCGAAUACUCUUUCAAGACGCACCUGCCACAGUGAAUGUGUAAAAGGCUGAAACACAGACUGUCUUAUUUCUUUUUCCACCGUCGUUAUCUCGUUCUCUCAUCGCUUUUGUGGCAAACGUCUCGUGCUCAGCUAUUGUGCAUAAAUCAAACCGAGGUUAGUCGCAGUCGUCACCAGGAACAGCCUUAAUCACCGAUGUAAAGGGAGUUGGAUUUGGAGUGCGCUCGGUGGCAAUUCCAUCGGCCACUGGUUUCCAGAUUAAGUCAGUGUGAGUAGACCAAGUUCACCCUCGGCAUAAGAAGAGGAGUUAAUGCUACUAUUAUGGGGCGACUGUUCAUUUGUCCUGCAUCGACUUGUAUCCACUUCAGUGUAAAAGGGAAGGUACUCAGGUAAUUGAAGUCCUCUGUUGUUGCGCACCUAUUUUUAUACUUUUAAAGUGGUGUUUUAGCCUGGUCAGCGUUUCUCUUCAGAAGACGUUAUAUAAGGCUUGUGUCAAAUAGUCUGUUUUUUGUACAGUUUGUGCUGUUUAGAAAGACCCAGUAUUCAUCGCUCUAAUUACAACAGAUGUCGAGGAGUUCAAAUGAAUGUUUCAUAUUCAAAUUCUCUGCAAAACACACACACACACAACAUGAUGCCAAAGUGAGAAUAUUUCUUUGAAGAAGUUGUCUCUGUCAGUGUUAGCUGAGGUAAAGAAUAACUUAAUGGAAAUCUGACACAAAUAGUAUCAUGUGUUCUCGGCAAAGUUUUCAAAGGAAGAGAGACCCCCCAUUCCAAAACACCGGGUGCAGGAAAUGGCCGUAUAUUGCAGUGGAAUGUUAAUUAAAUGAGGAAUGAGGAAAAUCUCAAAUUCCCUUGGAAUUCCAAGAGUGACAUUUGUGGCGGAUAUGAAGGAAAACCCAGAAAUGAAUAACACACAGUAUAGUUUUUACAGAUGGUCCAGUGUUAUGCUGCUUUUUGAUGUAUAUAUACAAGUCACAAUGUUUACAAAGGUCAGAAAUACAUUCUAAUUGUGAUCUAGUAGUCUUCAUGUGUAUGGAUAUGUUGUAAAGCUAUGUUUCAGUGUAUAUCUCUUUUUUUUCACGUGUUUGUUUACGGAAUGUUUGCAAUAUUUAAUUAAUGUAAAUAGUCCCCCAAAAAGAAAAAAACUGGUUAAUAUAUCUAGUGACAGAGGGCAUUCAAACUGGCAUUUCAUGAAGCAUUCCACCAGAUAUUAUAAACUUAAUUCACCUAACCUACAUAGUUUGCAGGUUAGGUCACCAUCUCCAUUAUACCAAAGAGAAAAGGUCACAGAGAAAAGGUUACGGUGUUAACAGUGACCCUCUCCCCGAAAGAAAAAAAACUAAAGUGCUACUGAUAGUUAGUGUUGGAAAAUGUCACAGUGAAAGAGUUCAGCCCCCGCGUAGAUUGAUGUUUUUUUUAUAUAAAAUACAAAAUUUCAUGUAAAAUAAACACAAUGCAAACAUGUUUGUGUCAAAGGAGAAAACAACUCUCUGUGGCGCAGUAACAAGAAACUGACACCUCUCUUAUCUAGGAAUAUAAAUAUAAAUCCAGAUUGACAAAUUGAAUCAGAAGGAGCUUUCACACCUUCCUUGUUUGGUCAAGACCUGCGGACUUUGCAGUUUAAUCAGAACAAACCAUGACUUAGACCAAAAUUUUGUCUAACCAAAAGAGUUGGUCUCAGAUAUUUUUAGGGAUUUUCACAUAAUUUCAGACCAAUUGCAGGAAGUUGAGACGGCAGACGCUUCUGACGAUAAAAUGUUUGCAAGACGAGGACGUUGAUUUGGUGCAUUCCAACUUUUGUCAAAAGUUGGAAUGCACCAAAUGCAAAGUCAGACAUUGCCUGAAUAAAUCGGUCUAUUCAUUUUCUCCAUUCAAACAGAAACACUUCUACCUGUUGAAUUGACGUCACUCCCUAAAUUAUAAUGGGAAACCAACACUAGUGUAAAGUAUUUUUAAAAAACAUGACUUCUUGGUGUGAAAACAAAAUAUAUCUCUGAUGGAUUCAGAAAAAUGUCGUUUUUCCCUCUUAUUUUUUCAUCCGGCUACCAUCGUUUGUGGCGAGCGCUCUCGUCCAGUGUGACUUCAUACUGACUGAGUUAUGCUCCCGUUACACAGAUUUGCUAGGAUUGUGCUUGACUCAUUCCUUAAAGGUCAAAUCCUGGUCUGCUCAGUUUGUACUGGCCUCAAGUCCAUCCAGCAGAUUUACACUGCAUCUCAAAGAGUAAAGUAGAAAACACUAAAUCAUGUUACAAACGGCCUCAACUGUUUUCCCAUCAGGCAGUUGUUUAUUAAAUAAAUCCAGUCAUAUUCUAUACGUUUCUAUUAACGGACUAAAUGGACCCAGCUUGGACGUUUGCACGAGGAUCGCUCACGAUUGCGACUCGAGGUUGAGUGGAUUGUCUACAGCAGUAAUUCCAUGUGGCUGCCGGCCACAGAGAUGGAAAAAGGCCGAGACUGAGGGAACCCUCUCUAGAUAUUACAGUUUCAUACCAUCAGUAGAGUUUACAGUAUGUACAAGAUUUAAGACUGCAGCUGACUGAGGGAGUUGUUCCUCAGAUUCACUCAGACUUUCCACCAACUGCCGCUGGGCAAGUAAACAUGUUGCCGUUGCAUAAUCCAGGUUCUUAAUUAAAAAGAGGGGCGGUAUCAGAGCAUGAAAAUAAUUUUAUUAUGAAAGAAAAACACUUGGAAAAUUAUAUAUUUGAGCACUUUAAUACCCUAUAAUACAGUAUUUUGUUCUGAUUGUAUCCUGUAAGAUGAUUGUGUUUUGGAAUCAAGUGUACAAUAAGGCCAAUAACCAUAGAGCUAAUGUUGUAUUUCAUUAUUUACAAAUACCUCUCAUGGAAGUAUAUAAUGUGUUUCAUUGUCUUUUAUUUAUCUUGUGCCGAAAUGUGCUCAGUGGCGUGGACGUCGCUCUUCGUGCUUUAGACGCAGCGUGUGAGCGGUGUUCUCCGACACACGUCUCACUCUCUCAUCACUCCAUCGUGAUGUAGGCACGUUGUAGAUAUCAGUGUAAACGUGGAAGGUUAAAAUAGGAAGAUGGUUCCUGGUCUUAUAAUGUUCAUCAGUGAAUUGUGAAUAAGUCAAUAAAUCUGUACUCACAUGUU